UAUUUUCUGUUACCAAGAUGUUAUUAACCGAAAAGGUUAUCGGGCGCAGCGAUUAAUUCUCACUUAUUUUCCAACCGAUUAUUUAACGUAAACACUAGUCGUCUAGUGGUGAUUUUUUCGUGCAAUAUGUUUUGCUCGUCCGGAGGUGCGGGAAAAUGAGCAGAAAAUGGCCGAAGAAUCGUGUCUAUCGGCGAGCUUGGAACGUCGCGACUAUCCCUUUGCCGAGCAGAGCCGCCAGUCCAGUGUUACUGCAGUGCUCAACUACUGCAAGAGCAAGAUUUUAAACCCCUAUCUCAGAGUUUUGAGCGUCGUGGGCUUGCGGCCCCUAAUUUCCAACCAACUCGAGUCAUGUUUCUGUUUCCAGUUCGUCAACUCUGUCUACACCGUUCAAUUGAUUGUUUUAUUAAUCCUGGGCUAUUUGCUGCAAUAUAUGGCCUGCUUUCGCCGGGAUAGGGGCUUCUGUUACAAGCUCGUCAACAACCCGUACUUGGUCCAGAUCGAGGACGUGAAACAAAUUUACGAACAAAUAUGCCAUGCCCCUCUUUUAUUCUCGUUUAUUAUCCCAAGUGUUUUACAUUUGAUUGGCUACGUUCAUGCCGUUUUGGUCAUCAGACACUCAGACGACGACCAAUUGCCUGUUUUAAUGGAGCGAGUUUUCCUCUCCAGUAACGGACAAAGCAGCCAAAGGAAACUCGUGCGGACGCUAUGGACCUUCGUCACCUUGACUGGAAUCUGGAUGACCUUAUCCCUUAUCACAAUCGUGUGCAUGAUGGCCAACGGCACUAUCAAUUUCAAAUGGCUGGAAAACAUGCCAGAGGGCGUCACAGUGGGGCUCAAAAUCCUGCUAGUUGUGUGUAUUUUAUGGCAUGAUGUGGUCCAGGCCUCCAUUAUUUCAAACUACUGUCUGCAAACGCAACUCUUAACCACGUACUUGCAAUGUUUGCAAGAGAAACUCCUCCAACAACCAGUCCAACCCUUGGAGUGGAUCAGACACAUUGAAACGUUUAAGAAAAUGUUACGUUUCGUCAAUAAUGAACUGGCGCCUUCGGUGUGCAUUUUCACGUUUAUUAAUUUAGCGUGUGCCACUUCGGGCAUUUUGUGGUUUUUUGAUUACGAUAAUGUCGAUAAGGAGACGGUCCCCAUUGGGGGGAUUAGCACCCUCAAUGUGAUUUUGUGGCUUUUGCUGGCGUUGGCCCCCUUUGUACAGGCUUCCCGCUUGUCGAACGAGUGCGACAUUUUACGCAACGCCGGCCAAGAAGUGCGGACGCGGCCUUUCGUCCACCAGGACACUCCACGUCACGACCUCGACUCGAUCCUCUUGUACACAGCCAGUCUAAAGUUGAGGGCUAAACUAUUCUCAAUCCCAAUAACUGGCCGAUAUCUGUGUUUGUUUUUCAUGUUUGUGGGAAUAGUGAUUUUGGUCUUGGGCCAAUGUCAUUAUUUCACAUUAAAUUGAACUGUUUUAAUCUAUUUAAUAAAUCAUUUUUAUCAGCAAAA